AUGUCUUCCAGAUCGCCAAGAGGUUCAAUCUCUGGCGUGUCAUCUUCUGCUGAAGUGGCCGCCGACUUCGAGGAGUCAUUGAAAGAUCUGCAGACCAACAACAGAUAUGAGAUCAGCAACCUCACCAUCAUCGCCAAGGAGAACACCGAACAUGCGCAAGCUAUCUCUCGAGCUCUCGAGAAGCACAUCAAGACAGCAUCUCCAGCACGCAAGUUACCAGCCCUCUUCCUCCUCGACAGCAUCGUCAAGAACGUUGGAACGCCAUACACUGUCUACCUUGGCCGCAACCUUUACAGUACAUUCAUGGAAGCUUACACCCUGGUCGACGGCACUACGAGACGCAACAUGGAGGGCAUGCUGAAGACCUGGAAAGAGCCUGUUCCUGGCUCGAUCGAUCCUCGAUCUGUCUUCCCUGCCGAUACUGUGAGACCUAUCGAGAAUGCGUUGAUAAAAGCGAAGACGGCGGCAAUCCAACACCAGAGGCAACCACAUGUACCUUUCAGAGGAACAGCCACGCCACCUCAGCACAACGGCCAGUUCGGCACGCCUCCAAAUCAACACAUUGCACAGGCACACCCAGGAUAUGGCAGUCAGCAGCCACCAAACGAAGUUGACGGUCUCAAACGCGAGAUCGACUCUCUCGUCUCGAGACUCCAGCAGACACUUGCAUCAAAUCCACACAAUGCGGGCCUCAGCAGUCAGCUUGGUGCUCUACGUCAACUGCGCGCUCUGCUAGACUCGAGGACCAUGAGCCCGACCGAGCUGCAGCAAACAAAGCAACAAGUCGCAGCACUGUCCGCAUCAGUACCACCUCCGUCUGCCAUGCAAUCCACUCCACAGCCUCCUCUUCCAGUACCUACACCUCAAUGGCAGCAGCCACCCAUGCCACCGUACUCUCAACCUUAUCAACCCCCACAACCACCUGCGCAAACAGCACCGGCACCCCUACCAUUUCCACCGGGCAUGCCACCGAACAUGCCGCCUGGCCUACCUCCGAAUGCCCUCAAUGGACUACAGGCCUUGCUAGCGAACGUACCCAAGCCCAGUACGCCGCAGAUGCGAGCUGCAGUGCCAGGAUUGCGAGAAGCGACUCACUCCCAGCUUAACACUGUUCAGAACAAUACGACUACACCAAAUGCGAACGACCCAGCCAACCUUUUCGCUACACUUGCGAAGGCUGGUCUCCUGGGUCCCAAUGCAGCGCCUCCCCCUGCUCCACCUACAUCGCUAGCACCACCAGUGGAUCCCACAGCAGCGCUACUCAAAUCACUACAAGGCAUCAUCCCAACGCCGCAAAACAGCACGCCUGCUCAGAUGCCGCUGCAGCAGCCAGGAUCGGCGGCAGUACCACUGUCAGCCUCCUCUCUGAAGACCUUCCGCCCCGAGCUGGUGCAUGCUCUCUACGAUGCGCAGUCAAAUCAGUGCAGCACCUGUGGACGGCGGUUUCUUACCACUGACGAAGGCCGCGAGAAGAAGAGCCGUCACCUCGACUGGCAUUUCCGCAUGAAUCAACGCAUCGCCGAUCCGAACACGAACCGUGGCCAUCACCGCAACUGGUACGUCGACGAAAUGGACUGGAUUAGACACAAGGAAUACGACCCAUCCACGACCACUGCAACCGCCGCAGACACUGAGGCGACGGCCAAGGCGAAGAAAGGCCCACAAGAUCAAUUUGUGCGUGCACCGGCGGGCAUGACGAAGAAUACAUGCAACAUCUGCUUCGAAGAGAUGAAGAGCAGCUACUCGGAGGACCUUCAAGACUGGAUCUUUGCCAACGCGACUGUUCACAAUGACAAAAUCGUGCACGCGACCUGCUUGGCCGAAAUGACCAAGCCCGGUCCAGGAGCAGGAGGGGCCGGGGGUUCGCUGGCGGCGGCACUGGCGAGCUUUGGAGGAGGUCAGAAGGAGAGGAGCGCCACUCCAGACUCGCUGUUGAGAAAGAGAAAGGCUGAGACUGCGAAGACAGGGGGUGGAGCCCGCAUGAGGACUGAGUGA